ACCACGAGAGCUUCUACAUGGGACAUAAACUCAUUCAUUAAACUCAUCAAUCGAAGAUGGCUCUGAUGGGAGUUCAGCUGGUGGUGAGCUUGCUGGCGGUCAGCAUAAUGCAAAGAAUGGCCCCACAUCUCUCCUUUGCACGCUGGCUCUUAUGUAACGGCAGCCUUCUUAAGUUCAGACAUCCAUCUGAAGGCGAGUUGUGUGCCCUCGCAGGAAAGCAGAUUCCUAAGACCAGCAGGCGAGACAGGAGACAAAAUGGACACGGUGAAUCCAAGCCGCUCACAGUUCCAAAAGACAUCGAUCUUCACCUGGAGAGUACACCGGUAAAUGUCAUGGAUGCACUUGUUCUGCGGUUCUUUGUGGAGUACCAGUGGCUGAUUGACUUUGCCGUAUAUGCCACAGGGAUUUACCUCUUCACCGAAGGCUACUAUAGUGUAGUUGAUGCCAGCAAAGAAGUCAACAUUGCUUCCAUCUGGUGUGUGCUGACUGUUUUGUUUUGCCUGAGGACGCUGUAUCUCCUUAUGAGCCACUACUUCCUCUCUGAGGAGGGUGGCGAGCGCUCUGUGUGUCUGGCUUUCGGCUUCUUAUCUCUUCUUAUUGCGAUGCUGGUUCUUGUAGUGAGAGAAGACUACCUGGAGUUUGGCCUUGAGCCCGGAUUUACCAGUCUCUUUGACAAUUUUGAGGUCUUUGCCAGAAAGCAAGGAUAUGAGUGGUCAGUUCCCUUCACCAAACUGUCAGUGAAGCUGGGCCUGGCUGUAAUUUGUGCCUUUAUUGGAGCUCUUCUUGCCUUUCCUGGUCUGCGAUUGGCCCAAACUCACCUGGAUGCUGUUCAGAUGAAUGCAGAUCGUCCAAUGAUUCAGAUUCUUCUGCACAUGAGUUUUCUGUCACCAUUGGUUAUUAUUGUAAUGUGGAUAAAACCUAUUGCUCGAGACUUCCUAGGAAACGCACCAAUGGGAAAGACCUCAGUUACUCUACUUUCCAGUUCUGCCUUCAGCUCAGUGCGUCUCUGGACAAUUGUAGUGCUUUGUGUUUUACGACUUCUGCUCACUCGUUACCAUCUGCAAGCUUACCUUAACCUGGCACAAAAGUGGGUGGAGCAAAUGAAGAAAGAGGCGGGGCGUAUCGCUGCCAUUGACAUCCAGAGGAAGGUGACACGAAUUUUUUGCUACCUGACUGUAGUCACACUCCAGUACCUUAUACCUAUUUUGCUUGUGCUUUUCUCAACUUUGGCACUCAAAUCAUUAGGUGACUUCUCAUGGGGCCUUGGAGCUGAGACUCCAGGUGUCACCCCUGCACCCAUAAUCCCCAGUAGCACCCCUCCACCCGUACCCGGCCCAGAAGACGAUGAAGACAUGGAAGACAUGGAGGAGGACAUCCAGGCCACCGUAGCCCAUCUAACCGAACUCUUCUCUGCCUUGCGCGCCCUCCUCACACCUAUUUUCUUCAGGGGAAUCUUUGCCUUUCUUACAUGGUGGGUCGCUGCCUGUCAACUUAUUAGCAGCCUGUUCGGGAUUUACUUCCACCAGUAUCUCAUGCACAACUGAAAAAAA